CGCGCUCCAGACUCCUCUGUAUUUCGGGGAGUCCCGUUCGCAGUAUAUGUUCCGUGCGUAUAUCGUACACGUUAACGGGCACACACGCUCCGAUUUACGCGCGUGUAGCACGCACACACGCGCGCGCGCGCGUUCGCCAUUCUAUUGGCGGAGGAGAUUAGUGACCGCUGGUGUAGCACAUUCCAGUAGUGUAUAUAAGGGCGGCUCUUCCGCACCGAUCAUGCAUUAUAACCGAAGGGUGUGACGCGGCAUCACGCGGUGCAAUCUCAGUUUUCGCACGUCUACCGGUCCGCGCACAUCAGGGUUGAGAAGUACGUUUUCUCUUCUCACCGUUUCCGCGGUGCCUCGCAGUGAACUUCGCGAUCGCGAGAUCGUUUUUCCUUUUGCAUCCCGCGCGACUUGUACUCGUUGCCUGAUCUAAGAUCGCGUGUCCUUCGCGCUCGCGGCGAACACCUUCGCGACAGGAUCGGAUCUCUCGACUCGUUCUACGAUUGCCCGAGGCGACAGACAUUGAAUCUCACCGCGGAAAACUAAGAGAAGCCUGACUCAAUCUUUCCCGUGUGAAUCUUUUCAGUAGAUCUCAGAGAGACUACUCCCCAGCUUUUCUAAAGAUACAAAACCCAGUUGCAUGAAAAAUUUCGCUGUGCAACCAUCCAGUUGAGAAACAAAAUCGGCAUUAACCUCGAGAGAAGAACGGCAUCCAACAUGAGUGUCACGGCAGUCCUUUUCUCAGGAGGUUCCUGGGUGACUGUUUUCCUGUCCACCUGCCUGCUGUCUCUCUUCUUGGUCCUGUUAACGCAACGUGGGAAAUUUCUGUACGCUUUGAGGAACGUGCCCUAUCCCACCGCGUUGCCCGUCAUCGGCAACGCUUAUCAGCUCAACUGCACGCAAGAAGACUUCUUCCAGAAGCUGAUAAAAUGGGCGUAUCAAUUUGGCGAUAUUUAUCUGGUCUGGGUCGGCCUGCGGCCCUUCAUCUUUCUCUACAGAGUGGAGGCGGUGCAACCCCUGCUCAGCAGCAGCGUGCACAUCGACAAGAGUCUCGAAUAUCAGUACUUGAAGCCUUGGUUGGGAGAAGGCCUAGUAACCAGCACUGGCGAGAAAUGGCACUUCCGCAGGAAGCUGCUGACACCGACCUUCCACAGCGGUCUUCUCGAGGUAUACUUGAAGACCGUGAAAGAAGAGACGAGCAUCCUAAUUUCCUGUUUGGAGAAAGAAGUGGGCAAAUGGUUCGACGUGGUUCCUUACGCGAAACGUGCCGCCCUUGACAUUAUAUGCGAUACUGCGAUGGGCUACAAGCUUAACGCGCAGAAGAAUUCCAAGAACGAGUACAUCAAGGCUAUAGAUAAGAUUGCGUCUAUUGUGCAGAUGCGUUUCGUGAAUGUGUGGCUAUCGUCGGAUUCGGUCUUCAAGCUGACCAAGGCGGGACAAGAGCACGACAACUCGAUUCGCGUAAUACAGGAAUUCGUCGAUAAGGUAAUUGCAGAAAGGAAGAUCGAGUGGAAACACAAGUGCGAUGGCAAUUUUAAUGAUCCGACAAAGAAGAGGCGAGCUCUGCUCGAUUUGCUAUUGGAAAUGUCACAUAACGGCACUGUCCUUUCGGACGAGGACAUUCGAGAGGAGGUGAACACUUUUAUGUACGCUGGCCACGACACGAUGGCCACCAGCAUAUCGUGGACCCUUUACGCGCUGGGACGAUAUCCCCAAUAUCAGGAAAAAAUUCUGGAAGAAUACAACGAUGUAUUGGGCUCGGGUGAAAUUACGUUAGAAAACAUACAAAAAUUAACAUGGCUGGAGGCGUGCAUCAAAGAGCAGUGGAGACUAUUUCCAGUGGCUCCGCUUAUUGCGAGGCAAAUUUACAAGCCGAUUGAAAUAAUGGGCAAUCAAAUCCCACCGGGCUCGACGGUUCUCAUCAACUCGUACUUGCUGCAUCGGGACCCCCGUCACUUCCCCGAGCCGCACAUUUAUCGUCCGGAGCGAUUUUUGCCCGACGGUCCCAAGUUACCGCCUUACGCCUUCGUCCCCUUCAGCGCCGGCUCGCGCAACUGCAUCGGCUGGAAGUUCGCCACGUUGGUGAUUAAAGUGGCGAUCUUAUCCAUGUUGAAAGCCUUCCACGUGGAGGCUCUCGACAGAGAGGAGCAAUUACGCUUCAUAUCCGAAUUGGUACUGGUCAGCGCAAACGGACUACGUCUCAAAAUUACGCCGCGUGAACGCGAACAUUCACUCGCGCAAGAUUCGUAGGCGAAACACAGAACUGCAGAAGUAUCGCGUGAGAGGGAUAGUGGCCUGAAAAGGAGAAAAGCCUAAUUUCGUGACCCUGUAGUUCCCCCAGGAGUGCCCUGUUUUUCUCGUGUCGUCGCUUACACCUUAAUAAGAUUUGAUCUUUCAAUUUUUUCAUCUUGAUAUCGAUUUAUAUAUCAUUCGAAAGAAAAUAAAUAGGGUAAUUGUGCGAUAAAGCACAUUUUCUUUCUAUUAUAUAUGUUAUAUAUUAUAUUACUUAUAUUAUGUUUUUUUUUUAAUGGUACAGACUGAUGUCAAUUGAGGAAUUCCUUUUCAUCUUUGAAACGCAUCUGAUAUAAAAGAAUUUGAAAACAAUCAAUUGUAAGACCUUUAAUAAUAAAUGAUAAUAAGUAAUUGAGAUGCGAAAACGUCAACACGGUCACACUCGUCAGUCUUUAAAACGCAGCUCCAAAUCAAAUAGUACGUAACAUCACAAUUAAAUUUCCGAGGCAAUCUAAUUCUUUUUAAAUCCUGUGAUAAUAACUUAUUGCAAAAAAUAUUAUUUUAACCUGGAUUUGAACCUGGAUCUCCUUACCGCGGAGAUCCAGGUUAAAAUCCUGGCUGAGAGAAUACUUUUCGCAAUAAGUUAUUUUUCACAGAAUUUAAAAAGAUGCUCUAUGAGCAUCGAAUUAUUAGAUUGCCUUGGCAAUUUAAUUGUGACACUACGGACUAUUCGGUUCGGAAUUGCGUUUUAAAGACCGACGAUUUUUCGGCGCUCAAUUUGCCUGCAGAACUGAGAAUUGUAUAUAAGAGUCAUAUAUAUUAUAAUAUCAUCAAGCACCAAGAUCCGCUUUGUAUCAUGUUGGCGUUUUCGUAUCUCAAUUGUAACACUCCACGGUCGAUCCUGAUACUUAUUGUUAGUUAUAAGUACUUAUAAAUCGAAUUGGAAAAAAUUAAAACGCAAAAGUAAAAAGAAAAAAAAAAAUCGUUGUAUCACAUAUUAUGCAUUCACAUACGUUGACCUUAAUCUGAACUUCUACUUGUUUAUUUACGAGUCAAUUAUUGUUCUAUUGAACUAUAAUUUUAUUCAUUUAUUCCGAAAAAAAGUAAAAUACUUAUUUUAAUCCGGAAUUGAACAAUUGAUUGUAUUUUUGAGAAAUUAGAAAACCGUAAAAAAAAGAGUUAAUUAAAUCAAAAUUUGACACUUAAUGAGUGAAUGCUUUACUAGUUUGUCUAGUGUGGUUCUAGCAAGAAAUUGUAUCGUAUCAUAUUUGUAAAUUUAUAAUAAAUAUAUUAUUCGAAUAUUUUCUUUUGAAAAUGACUAAAAGGGUAUACAUUAAUUACUUAGAAAGAAAAUAAUAAUCGUUUAUUUACGCUUCAUGAAUUAUGUUUCCCUCUCUUCAAUCAUUCAAUCAUAUAUUUCAUAAAUCCAUAAAGAUGUAACGUAGAUUCGAGAUUGAAAAAUUAUGAAUAGUGAUAGAGUAGAAAUGAAGAAAAGGAAAAGGCUUUUGAAUUAUAUUUUUUUAUAUCUCCUGUGUGAGAACAACGACUGAGCGAAAAGAAAAUAUUAUAAGGAAAAAUAUUAUAAUAAUAUAAGGAUAAAUAUAUUUACUAUGUCUAUCUGUAUAAUCUGUUACUGUCCACGAAAUUUCGCAUACGAUGUUCGAACAGUUUCGCAUUAGCAUCGCACAAUAGAGUCUUUGUAAUUAAUUCGCCGCAAUGUACUUUGAAGAUCAAGAGGACUCCACGUGCUCAAUAAUAUUAUGUCUUAUCUGUAUAUCUUAUAUAACUUUAGAAUUCAUUGAGAUUUUCUCUAUACCAAUUAAAUUAUGUUGAAAUAUUACAAGAUAAAUUGCACUUACUACCAUGCGUGUAAUAUUUUCUUUAAUUAUAGUUAAUUUUAAGUUUUAAGGAUGUUUGAGCUGUACAAUAGUCAGUUAAGAGUUACUAAAAUUUGAAAACUGCAUGUUUCUUAGGUUUAUAUAUUGUAUAAAAUAUAAAAUUUAUUUAAAAAGAA